UAAAUGUACUACAUAUUCGCCCAGUACCCCUUCUCAGUGAGCCAGGCCGGCAUUCGCCUUGCAUAGUGCGCAGAGGGCAAGUAAUUCUUGCUUCUGAGAUGGCAUUCCUCAAGGCCUCUGCCACCCAGUCGGCCUUCUCAAUUACCCCUUUAUCUCGUACUUGCGUCCGUGAGCUCUCUUCUGCACAACAUGUUGUCGAUCCCCAGAUUCUUUAUAUUAAUGUUCUCCCUGUUCCGGAGGAGCACAUCUCAGUACGUCGUCUCUUUGGUACAGGAUAGGGAAAUUGCAGCGAUUUCUCUUUCCCUUUCCCUCUUCUUCUUUCUUCUCUGCGCCCCACUCCUCCUCCUUCUUCUACUGGGGGCCGCCUGCUCCUGCAAUGGUUGCGUCAGGGUUUCGUCAGGGGGUUGUGUGGACUCAGCACUGAGGGUGGGGCUUUCGUGUGGCCCAUCAGCUUCAGUCGUUGCUGUAUUCGUUGUCUGCUCCCACUGCUGCUGCUGCUGUAGCUGUUUCUGGGUACUGCGGAUCAGUAUCAGCCUUCGUCAGUAUCCUUACCGCCGACUCGACUAUCUACUGUACAUCUAUUGGGUUACUAUACCUUGUAUGACGAUCUGAUGUUGAGACCAGUGCAGAGGAUUCUCUGCAGAGAUCAGGAGCUGCAGUAUCUCGGGUCGUUGUUUGGUUCCUCGCAGCUAAGGAGUUUAAUAGUAGUUUCCUACGUUCUUUCUCGAGACAGGUAUUUUUUUCUUUCAAGUUCGCCAACCUAUUGCGCAGUUCUAUGGCCUCCUUCUUUGAAAUAGAAUCACCUGCUUCAAUUGGAAGCCUCUCCCUUAGGAUUUCAAUCAUUUCCAGUAUCUUAUUAUAGCAAUGUUUCAUCUCUUCUGAAGCUUCAUCCUCAAUGUUCUUGUAGUAUCUUCUCCUCCCGUUUUCGGCUUUUAGGAUACAGUUCCUCAUGCGUUCCAGCAACCUGUCAGUCUCCAUACCAGUUACCGGGGUCUUUACCGGUCCUUGCUUAUUCAACCCGACCAAGUCUACCCUUAACUCCUCUUCCUCUGAGGUCAGGGGCCUCGCACAUUUGUCCAUUUUCACCAGGAUAGGUGACAUCGAGCCAGAGCGCUGCAUCCUCUCAACAGCCCUGGCAGCCCUUUGCCAUUCACCCAGGGUUUCUUCCCUUACUACCCUUCCUGGCGCAGUAGAUACACUGCAGGCCAGGUCGCCUACCUGUGGUGUCCUUCCUGAUGCAGUAUCCAGAGCUGGGGUCAGGUUGCCUACCCCGAGCUCCUGGCAGUUGCUGGUUGACGACGGCGGGUUGCCUGCCCUACUAUUACCUGACAUCAUCGUGGCGUGGGUGUCCCUUCCACGCCCGCUUAUAACUGUAGAUGUUCUAUCCAUGAAAAAGUACUAAUAUUAUUGGGAGGCAAGCUCCCCAAAGGAAAGAAAUGGAAAGGAAUGGAAGGAAGUUAGAGAGAGAGAGAGAGAAAGAAUAGAGAAAGAGAUGACAGAAGAACAAAGAAAGAAAUAGCCGUACAAGACAUUCACACACCAUUCACACAGUCGCCUCUUAUGACAAGCAGGGAGUACUGUGGGAGUAUUCUACCACUCCCUACUCACAGAGGGGAUUAUCGAAAGAUCUAGAUUUUCAGUAGACAAAGAUUUUCCCAAAACAAACAGACGGACACAACUAACUCAUCGCAUAAGCUACGUCUCCAUAAGCUACACCUAACCUUAUUGUAUAAGGGAUGCCAACUUCUCAAUUCAUAAACUGUUCUCGUACCAAUCUAAAAAUUUAUGUCUUUUCUCCUUAAUUUUGAUAGUAACUAAAAAAAGAAACGAAAAAGUGUAGUUUAUUCUUAUAUUAUUGUCAGGAUGAUAAACAUUAUGAACGAAGAGAAGCCUAAUAACGUCUUCUUCAGUUUAGGUGGCAACCAUGGAAUUUGUUUAUUGUUGGUUUAGCAUGUUUAUCUUUUCAAGUAACAACAACGUUAUUUUGUCUUUAACACUUUCACACGUGAACAUUAUGUGAUUGUAUCUCAACAUUAAUGUAAGAAGAAAGUGUAUUUUAUUGUAACAUUUAGUUUCAAUAAAGUGCGUUAUUCGCAGCAGUCAUUCGUUCGUAUGAAAUGACUGAAAAAUCUAAAACAAUGAGUCACGUAAAACACAUUCCAAAAGACGCUCAAGUUAUUAUGUCGAUUAUGAAAGAUAUGGGAAUCACGGAUUAUGAACCAAAAGUCAUUAAUCAAUUACUUGAAUUCACAUAUCGUUAUGUUACGUGUAUAUUAGACGAUAGUAGAAUAUAUGCGAAUCAUGCUAAAAAGAAGUUUACCGAUUUAGAUGACGUAAGAUUGGCCGUGAAAAUGCAGUUGGAACGUACUUUUACAAAUCCACCACCAAGAGAAGUAUUAUUAGAUGUGGCUCGUGCCAAGAAUAAUAUACCGUUACCAUUCGUUAAACCAAACAAUGGUCUAAGGUUACCACCUGAUAGAUAUUGUUUGAAUGCAACAAAUUACAAAUUGAAGAAUGCUACAAAGAAAACUGUUUCGAAGGCUAUGCAUUCAUUAGUUGGUAAUAAUAUAUCUGGAGUACAAUCCAGGAUCAAAGUAGAAGGAAGUAAGACUGGUCUUUCAAUAGUCAAAAGACCAGGCACUUUGACUACUGUUGCUCGAACUCAAACAAUAUCUAUACCAAAGCCGAUAUUAAAAUUUUCAACAGCACCAACAGGAACAGCCACCGUUAAAGCACAAAUACCAAAACCAAAAGUACAUGUUACUUCUGGUCAAACUAUGGCUCCUAUGAAAUUAGAAGCAGAUGAUUCUAUAAAAAGAAAAAGAGAUGAUGAUGAUUAUGAUGUUUCAUAACAGUAUAAUGUAGAUAUAAUAUAAUAUUUAUAUUUCUUGAUUUACACAUUAUAUGAUCAUAAAAUAUUUGAUUUAGAUAAUAUCAACAUAUGUUAAUAUAUCUAGAUCAUGUAUAUUUAGGAAAUAAAAUUUUUUUAUUUUAUUAUCAAAAGAGAUAAAUAAUCUAUCUCGUUUGAUUAAUAGAUUUAAAUGUAAGAAACGAAAUUCCAAACACUGGGAUUAAAAUUUAAUACGAAUUAUUGUCUUUAUAGGGAUUUUCAAGAUUUUAUGGAUUCUCAUUAGAUUCUGCUUUAGUUAUCUUUGUAACGUAAUAAUCAUUUAUUAAAUUUUUAUUUGAUUAGUAAAGAAAACGAAUAAAUACAAUCAUAUUAAUAACUUUUUCCUAUGUAUUAAUGCACACGUGUCAAACGUCGAUCAUAACGUGCAUUUUUAAUAAUAGCAGUAAAAUUUGUUAUAUUACAAUUAUUAUGUGCUUUGAAAUCAAUAAUUUUAUCAAUUAAUUUAAUCUAUUUUGUUACUAAAUUUGUGAUAUUAGAUUAAGAUAAUAGAUAAAAUAUAAUGAGAAAGCAUUCAAAAGCUUCGUUAUAAGAUCUUGAUCAUUCAGAAACAUAUUCUUCCGGUUAGCCCUCAUCUUCCAUGGCCAUUUCAUUUAAGAUAAAAUCAUCCUCUUCUUCAUGUUCCUCGGUAAUUGCCUCGACAGCUGCCCCGAUAGCUGCUAUUGCAGUGUCUUCCUCUUCAAAUAAAUGUCUAUCAUCGAUUUCAUAUUCAUGUUCUAUCUCAUAUUCAUCCUCUUCCAUUUCAUCUUCGAUCGGUACUUCGGUUUCAGGAAUAUGGACUUCUUCUGGUGGUAAUGGAACUUCCGAUGGAAUUUCAUCUUCAACAUCUUUUUUGAUUUCUUCUUUAAUAAUUUGUUCGGACGGAGUUUUAUAUAAUACUGGUGGUUCUUCGAUCUCUGGUUUCUCGUGUUUACUAAUUUUUUUAACGUCAACUUUCUCUCUGACACAUUUCUUUCGAUGUAUAGGUAAAAACAAUUUAUAUUCAGCUGGUAAUUCCUCGUCACUGUACAAUCUACGAAUGAAAGAAAUAAGUGAAAACAAAAACAAUUUAGAAAUGAUAUCGUAUAUAAUAAUUAAAUAAAUUAUAUUCCUAUGAAAUUAAUGAUCUUAUUAAAAUAAUGACAAAUAACGACCUAGACGCAAAAUAUAUUCGUCGAAUUCUACAAUUUGCGUGUAUUUGCAUCCUCAUCGUUUCGACGUAAUUACUGCCGUAAGCACGCCGUGUAAAAUCAGCUAAAUUAAAUUGUAUUUGAUUCCAUCCACCGGAUAAACCGAUUGGCAUGGUCGUACAAAAUGGACGGACCCUUGUAGUACUUUGAAAAUUGCUUACACGAAAUCUUCUAUGCAUGUUCUUGUCAUCAAGAAUCUAAAAACAAGUAAUUUAUAUAUUUGUUAAUUUUUAUAAUGUAUGUAUAUAUAUAUAUAUAUUGUAUUUAGAUUAUAAAUAUACAUUUGUACAUUACAUUAAUAUAUACAAUGUGUGUAUAUAUGAGUUGUUUGUUUUGAAAGUUGGGCAAGUCCACUUUGUGAAAAAAAAAUAAUUAAAUCUAAUUAUUAUUAAUUAACAUAAAAUUUGUUUUUAUUUAUGAAGCAAAAAAAAAUAGACUUGCUCCACUUUUUAAAUCAACGGCUUAUAUGUUGUCUGUGUGUGUGUGUGUGUGUGUGUGUGCGCUCAUAGAUAGAUAUACAUAUAAGAUACAAAAUCAAUUUUAAAUAUUAGUAUGAACUUACGGUUAUCUCGAAGGUGAAAUAUCUUUUCAUAUUCUUAAUAAUCAUUAUUAAAAAAGGUAAUGAAAUUCCAAGAACCUUUUUCUUCUCUGCUGGACAAAAAAUGUAGGUUGUUGCCACAUUAGUUCCAGCUAAUUCCAACGCUAAUGAUUUUACCUCUUCGUCGAUGACCCGUCUUAUAUAUCCGUUCUUUACCUAACAGUAUCAUACUUUAACAUGAUUGUUCGGUAACAUUUAUAGGAAGUAUAUAUAAAUCCAUCGUGUCUCUUGUAUACUAUAAUAAUUAAAAAAAAAACUCACGUGCAUGCCCCAUAAUUCCAAAGGAGCUGAUCCACAGCUAUACAAGAUUGAUAAAAAUCCACUUUGAUAGGACUUACGGUACAUCCUUAAUGUUCUUGAUAUCUUUAAAAUGAUUUUCAAUCAUCGAUUCGAAGAUAAUAGUAUAAGUGUCAACGAUAUUAUGUCUUUCUUUUUUUUCUCUUUUUUUUUUUUUUUUUUUUUUUUUUUUUUUUUUUUAUUUUCACACUAAAUCUUUCUUCGUUUAUUAAAAUAAUCGAAAAAACGAUUUCUACAGUCGACUGAAAAUGACAAUGUGUUAUGUAUAUAUAUAUGUUUAUGGUAAAUAAAAAUUAAUUUAAUAAAAUUGUAUUAUGUUGGAGGAACGAAUGUUAUAAAAAAAAAAGUAAACAAUAAAAAAAAAAAAAAACAUGUAUAAUAUAACGAACUAGCUGAGAGAAAAGAAAAUUAUGUAUGUAGGCAGAAGCGUAUUUUCAAGGACGAAAGUAGAGUACGGUUAGCGAUGAAUAUAAUUGUAUUUGAAUGACAAGUAAUCGAUUGCUGGUAUAUAAAGGUCAUUUAUUUUUGCUUUGUAUGUGCGUCCACGUGAUUCAUAACAAUAGAUACGUAAGAUUUGAUAAUACGCAUUACGUAGGUAUAUACACGCACGCACGAUUAUUAAUCAUUUACUUAUGAAUAACGUAAUAUCUCGUCGAUACGUCGGCGUUCCUUCUCCGUCGCAAAAUCUGGGACGAUCGUGAUCCUUGGUGACAUUCCAACGCUAAAAAUUCGAUCGAUCCUUAUACUAUCCAGGGCAAACAUUUGUAUCAUCGCAAAAUUCAUAAUCUCACGAUUUAGUUGACGUGAUAUUUGUUUCUUGAUACUUUGCAAACGUUGAUGACAGACGACUUGACUUUUAUAAAGAAAAAAAAAAAAAAAAAAAAAAAAAAUGAAUAAAUAAUUAAACGUGUAAUUAACAAUAAUUAAAUCUUUUUUUUAUGUUAUAUAAAAUAAUUAAAAUAUUUUUCUAUUUAUUAUCAUUUUAAAUCGAUCAAGAUAAAUGUAUAUAAAGAUUGAAUGAAUUUGAAUUAUCUUUUCGUGAUAGAUAGUUAUUUGUAAUUUUUCAAUCUUUUUUUUGCUUUUUUUUUUUGUACUUUUAUAAUUUAUAAUUUCAAUCUUACUAAGGUAAAUUUUUGAGCUUCGUGUAACUGGGAUGAAUCGUUACGUCGCUUCUAUAGAGUUCGGGAAACAGCUUCAUAUGUUUUGUGCGAUAUCUCUUGAAAUGUUGCUUGCUCUCUCGUUCUAUAUGAGAUUUUCUUAAAUAUUCGUCGUCGGUGUAGCUCAAAAUAUUAUCACCACUUUUCAUAUGGAACAAAUCGUUCCUCGUAUCAACUUCUUUAUUCAUUUUUAUCUAUCUAUCUAUUUAUCUAUUUAUCUAUCUAUUUUUCUUUCUUUGUUUUUUUUUCCCCUUCUCACUCUCGGUUUCUCGAGAAUGAGAAGAACAGAGAAAGAGAAAGAGAGAGAGAAAGAGUUAAUUAUAUCGUAUAAAAAUAUGAUCUUCGAUGGAGAAUUUUGAACGGCGAGAAAAAAUGAAAAAAAAAAAGAAGAGGAAAAAAACGAAAAGUGUGAAAAAAAAAAUUUCGAUAUCGUUCUCCAAAUUAUUCGGAAAUCACGACGCGUGUCAAGCAAGACUGACGACUUCGAUGAAAGUUGGCAGAUCUGUUACGAAGUGAGCCCCUGUGCCUCGUACGAAUAUCGAUUUGGUUUCUAGGUGAACCAAUAGUGAGAUAGAUAUUUGGUUUAUUCUUAUUUCUACUUGAUCACGAGAUAUUACGUUACGUUGACGACGAUUAGAACGAUACUUGAACGAAUAAUAAUCCUCGUAAACGAACGAUAGAUUCGAAUCGUUAGAUGACGAUUUGGCACGAUGAAAAUUUCAUUUAUCUUUAGAUUAAAUAUAUUCCUUUUACAAUUUAUAUUUUCUCUUAUUUUCUUUUUCAUUUUUUAAGAUCAUUCAAAAUAUAAUAUUGCAAUUAAAAUAAAGAAAACAAUAUAAUAUUAUAACAUGAUUUCAAAGAGAAUAAACUCAAAGUUCCCGUUGUCUCGAGAAAGCUAUUAAGAAUUCAAUUAGCGUUAUUAUUAAUUUAUAAAUUAUUCGAUUUCAAUCGAUAUAAUUUUCAUACACGCACAUAUACGCACACGCACACGGAAAUAUAUAAAUACAAACACGCACACAUACGUAUGUACUUGAAAAUUCAAACUAUGUAGAAGAAACUAUGACAUAGUUAUAAAAGUUAAUUAACGAUGGAAAGCAUUAUAUAAAUGAUCGUCAAAUGAAAGUUACUGACGGUCGUGAAAAGUGAAGAGCACAGAAUGAACGAAUUUAAUUAACGUACGCGUGGUGUACUUUAUCGAAACAGUAAUUAUGCCUUUAUCGCGCACGACGAUUGUUUCAAGAGAAUGGAUUCAAGACACGAAAGCAUUUAUAUGGAGAAAGUGGCGGAGAAAAUGUUUCGAGGAUAUUUAAAAGUUUAUUUAACGCGUUUAUAUAUCAAGUUUAAUAGUUUCAAUUACAUUUACGUAAAUAUAUAUACAUAUAUAUAUAUAUAUAUAUAUAUAUAUAUUUCUUAUUUAUGAAACGAAGAAGAAAUUUAAUUGAUAAAAAAAUUGUAACUUAUAAUGAACGAUGCAAUAAAUAUCGCACGAAAUUACUUUAUCAAGAUAAAACAUUCGAUUAACAUUCGAUUACGCCUUAUAAAAAACUUGAAAUACGAUUAGAAAUAAUUUAAUUUGGUCUUUAUUAAAUUCAUAAUUGAUUUGUUUGAAUUGUUAUUAAUAUUCGAUAAUAUAUUUCGCGAGAUCGAAUGAAUUUAUAUCGACACCCUCGUAUGCUUUAACGACGUCAAAUAAAUAAAAAGAAAUUCGUAGAGAAUGAAAAUGAAAUUAAACUGAGUAUAACGUAUCGAUUAUAAUAAUUCAAUUGUAAUAAUUGUUAUUCUUAUAAUUGCAUUAUUUCGUACAAGAAUACAAGGGACAAUUAAAUCAAACGAUUAAAUUGUAUUAUAUCGUUGAAAUGUAAUAAGGGCGAUUAAGUUGAAUGAUAAAUUUCCUUGUUUUGUUAAAAGGAAAAGAAAAAAAGAAGAAGUAUCGUGUACAUAAUAAUCCAAUAUCUAUAAUUAAUAUCAUCAGUUUCUAACGAAUCGAAAAGAUACGAGAAAUAAUUAAAAAAAAAAAAAAAAAAAAAAAAAAAAAA